GGGCGCCGCGGGCAGGAGCACGAGCAGGAACAGAAGCAGGACCCGAAACGGAACCAUGGCCCCCGACUGCCCGCGCUUCUGGGUCCUCGUGGUCCUGGGAGCCAGCUGGGCCAGCUGGGGGAGGCAAGAGGCCGAAGCAGCCCAGCUCAGGCAGUUCUACGUGGCUGCUCAGGUCAUCAGUUGGAACUACCGGCCUCAGUCUCCAGAGUCAAGCUUGAAUACUUCUGGAAUUUCCUUUAAGAAAAUUGUUUACAGAGAGUAUGAAGCAUAUUUUAAGAAAGAAAAACCCCGAUCCAGCAUUUCAGGACUUCUUGGGCCUACUUUAUAUGCUGAAGCCGGAGACACCAUGAGAGUUCACUUUAAGAACAUGGCUGACAAGCCUUUAAGCAUCCAUCCCCAAGGAAUCCGGUACAGCAAAUCCUCCGAAGGUGCUUCUUACCAGGACCACACGUUCCCGGAGGAGAAGCUGGACGAUGCUGUAGCUCCAGGCCACGAAUACACCUACGAGUGGAGUAUCUCGGAGGACAGCGGGCCCACCCACGACGACCCUCCGUGCCUCACACACAUCUAUUACUCCUUUGAGAAUCUGAUACAGGACUUCAACUCCGGGCUGGUUGGACCUCUGCUUCUCUGUAAGAAAGGUGCCCUGACUAAGGAUGGGACACAGAAGAUGUUUGACCGGCAACAGGUGCUGAUGUUUGCUGUGUUUGAUGAAAGCAAGAGCUGGAUCCCAUCCUCCUCCCUCAUGUACACAGUCAAUGGCUACGUGAACGGGACGCUGCCAGAUAUAACGGUUUGUGCCUAUGACCAGAUCAGCUGGCAUCUGAUUGGAAUGAGCUCUGCACCGGAACUGUUCUCCAUUCAUUUCAACGGACAGGUCUUAGAGCAGAACCAUCACAAGGUCUCGGCCAUCGUCCUCGUCAGCGCCACGUCCACUACUGCAAACAUGACUGUGAGCCCAGAGGGAAGGUGGAGCAUCUCAUCUCUCAUACCCAGACAUGUUCAAGCUGGGAUGAAGGCUUACAUGGACAUUAAAAACUGUCCCAAGAAAACCAGGAGUCCUAAGAAAUUAACUCUCAGCCAGAGGCGGCACAUGAAGAGAUGGGAAUACUUUAUAGCUGCAGAGGAAGUCAUUUGGGACUAUGCACCCGUAAUACCAACGAAUAUGGACAAAAUAUACAGAUCUCUGCAUUUAGAUAAUUACUCGAACCAAAUUGGAAAGUAUUAUAAAAAGGUGGUCUACAAACAAUAUCAAGAUGAAUCCUUCACCAAGCGUGUGGAGAAUCCCAAUAUGCACGAUGGGAUUUUGGGCCCUAUUAUCAGAGCCCAGGUCAGAGACACGCUCAAAAUUGUGUUCAAAAAUAUGGCCAGUCGCCCUUAUAGCAUUUACCCUCAUGGAGUGACCUUCUCUCCAUAUGAAGAUGAAGCUAACUCUUCCUCCACCUCAGGUCAUCGAUCCAUGAUCAGAGCAGUCCAACCAGGAGAAACCUAUACUUAUAAAUGGAACAUCAUAGAUUCUGACGAGCCCACAGAAAACGAUGCCCAGUGUUUAACUCGACCAUAUUACAGUGAUGUGGACAUCACAAGGGACAUCGCCUCCGGACUGAUAGGGAUACUUCUCAUUUGUAAGAGCAGAUCCCUGGACAAACGAGGCAUACAGAGGACAGCCGACGUCGAGCAGCAGAUGGUGUUUGCUGUGUUUGAUGAGAACAAGAGCUGGUACCUCGAGGACAACAUCAACAAGUUUUGUGAAAAUCCUGAUGAAGUGAAACACGAAGACCCGAAGUUUUAUGAAUCAAACAUCAUGAGCACGAUCAAUGGCUAUAUCCCUGAGAGCAUACGUGCCCUAGGAUUCUGCUUUGAUGACACUGUCCAGUGGCACUUCUGCAGCGUGGGAACCCAGGAUGACAUUUUGACCAUUCAUUUUACUGGGCACUCAUUCGUCUACGGAAAGAGGCAUGAGGACACCCUCGUCCUCUUCCCCAUGCAUGGAGAAUCUGUAACUGUCACAAUGGAUAAUGUUGGAACAUGGAUGUUAACUACCACAAGUUCCAGUCCAAGGAGCAAAAAUUUAAGGGUGAAAUUCAGGGAUGUUAAAUGUAUCCGGAAUGAUUAUGAAGACUCCUAUGAGAUUCUAUAUGAACCUCCCCCUCCAGAAACUACAACGAAGGGCACUCGGAAGGUGCAUGAUUUUCCAGAAAAUAGGAAUGAAGAGGAGGAAGAUGAAGAUUACCAGAAUUCCCUGGCUUCAGCACUAGGAAUUAGGUCAUUCAGAAAUGUAUCCCUGACGCAGAAGGAAGAUGAGCUGAAUCUCACUGCCUUAGCUCUGGAGAACAGCCCAGAACUCAUGUCCCCAAGUGCUGACACUGCUAUUAGUUCAAAUUCGUCUUCUCCCAGUAACAUUCGUUCACUCAUAGACGAUGGCCCCUCAGAACCUCAGGAAACCCUCCUUCCUCCAGGGACCACAAACACCAGUCCUCUCCUGAGGCACCCCGCUAACUUAGACAAGAGCUCAUCUCUCAACUCUCCCACAGCAGAGCACGCCAUCCUUUAUUCUGAAGCCUCUCUCGAGGACUCUCUACAGUCCCAGGUUACAGAGAUACAUUUACUUCCUACUGGGGCAAAAGGAUUCAGAAGUCACAGACAUGCUAAAUAUAACAUAUGGAAGGCAGGAAGAGAUACAGCAGCAAAGCUCGAGGGUCCACAGAAGGAGGCACUAGCACCUAAACAUGGGAGGCAUUUAAGACAAGACGAUGAUUCUCCUUCCAGAAUGGAGUCCUGGGAGGAUCUUCCUAGCAAUCCAUUUCUCUUAAAACUCAAGAAAGCAGCUAACAUUUUGAAUGGGCAACGGCACCCGGCUUCUGAGAAAGGUAACUACAAAAGUAUCCGAGCAACGGAUGAAGCGAUAACUGUUAAUAUGCUGCUGGACAGUCCCCAGAAUGAUUCAAGGACUUGGGAAGACAGCACCCCCCUUACAAACAAGCAUCGAAAGCAUAGGGGUGACUCACAUUUUUCUAGAGUUACACACAACCCUCUCCAAGUAAGACACGAGGGAGAACAUAGUAGAUUGAAGAAAACCGCUUUUCACAUUAGGACGCGUAAAAAGAAGAAGGAAGACAAGCUUACACCCCAUGUUCUUGGGUUCCCUGGGGGCUUCCGCCCCCUAACAAGAGAGGCCGACACCACAUUUUCAGACCAAAAUUUGUUACUUCACAAAUCCAACGAAACAUCUCUUCUCACAGACAUCCACCAGACAGUGCCCUCUAUAAAUCCCAGCCUGAUGGACUCAUUUCCUGAUUAUAAUCCCAACAUCCUAAGCAAUGACACUGGUCAGCCAGGCUCCCUUGCAGCUACUUCUCAAACAGUGCUUGACACGAUGGCUGACUAUGACCUAAGUUAUGAGUCAUACCUUAAUGAUGGUGGUCCAAUUGUUCCUUUUCGGGAACUUGAAGGUGGGCAGAUGACCGCAUCUCCAGACAUCGGUCAACCACCCCUCUCCUCAGACCUCAGCUCCAGGACCCACUCCCCCAAUGACUUCUCUUCAGACUUCCAUCAGACAGCCCUCUUCCCUGACCUCAGUCAGAUGACUGUUCCUCCAAAACCCAGUGAAACAAGCCUUCCUGCAGCACUCCGUGAGGCAACUCUCUCUCCAGAACUCAGCCAGACGACAAUUUCUCCAAAUUACAAUCAGACAUUGCCUUCUCCAGACCGUAAUCAGACCGCCUACCCCUCUGAAUCUACUCAAUCACAGCCUUCUCUAGAACGUGGUCAGAUUUCCCCUUCCACAGACCUUGGUCAGACGUCAUCUCCUCCUGCACCGUCUGCAUUCAAUGACACUUUAAUAUCAAGUCAGUUUAAUCCACCAGUCAUAGUGGGCCUUUCUAGAGAUGAUGGAGAUUACAUUGAGAUUAUUCCAAGACAGGAGAUGCUUGAAAUUAGUGAAGAAGACAUUGUUCAAAUGGAUUAUGUGCAUUAUGAUGAUCCCUACCAAACUGACAUGAGGACAGACGUCAACUCCUCCAGAAAUCCUGACAACAUUGCAGCAUGGUAUCUACGUAGCCAAAAUGGAAACCGAAAAAACUAUUACAUUGCUGUUGAAGAAAUAUCCUGGGAUUAUUCACAAUUUGCACAACGUGAAGUGGAUAGUGAAGAAGAUGUUGAUGGUGCUCCUAAGAACACCAUAUACAAGAAAGCUGUUUUUCAAAAGUACACGGACAGCACCUUUACCCAACGUGAUCCUCGAGGGGAGUAUGAGGAGCAUCUUGGAAUUCUUGGUCCUAUUAUCAGGGCUGAAGUAGGUGAUGUCAUCCAAGUCCAUUUAAAAAAUUUAGCGUCCAGACCAUAUUCUCUUCAUGCUCAUGGACUUUCCUAUGAAAAAUCAUCAGAGGGAAAGACUUACGACGAUGACUCGCCGGAGUGGUUUCAGGAAGAUAAUGCUGUUCAGCCAAACAGCACUUAUACAUAUGUCUGGCAUGCCACUGAGCGGUCGGGGCCAGAAAACCCUAGCUCGGCCUGUCGGGUUUGGACCUACUACUCAUCUGUGAACCCGGAAAAGGAUAUCCAUUCUGGCCUGAUUGGCCCCCUGCUCAUCUGCCAAAAGGGAGCCCUGCACAGGGAGAGCAACUCGCCUCUGGACAUGCGGGAGUUUGUCUUCCUUUUUAUGGCCUUUGAUGAAAAGAAGAGCUGGUACUACAAAAAGUCGCCCAAGAGGUCAUGGCCACCUGAGUCCUCCGAAGUGAAACACUCCCACGAGUUUCAGGCCAUUAAUGGGAUGAUCUACCGCUUGCCAGGCCUGGUCAUGUACGAGCAAGAGUGGGUGAGGUUGCACCUGCUGAACAUGGGCAGCUCCCAAGACAUUCACGUGGUUCACUUUCAUGGCCAGACCUUGCUGGAAAAUGGCACCCAACAGCACCAGUUAGGAGUCUGGCCCCUUCUGCCUGGUUCCUUUAAAACUCUUGAAAUGAAGGCAUCGAAACCCGGCUGGUGGCUCCUCGACACAGAGGUUGGAGAGAAUCAGAGGGCAGGGAUGCAAACGCCGUUCCUCAUCAUAGACAGAGAAUGUAAAAUGCCAAUGGGACUAAGCACUGGUAUCAUAUCUGAUUCACAGAUCAAGGCUUCUGAGCAUCUAGGCUAUUGGGAGCCCCGAUUAGCAAGAUUAAACCAUGGUGGAUCAUAUAAUGCGUGGAGCAUAGAAAAACUUUCAAGAGAACCUGGCUCUAGUCCCUGGAUCCAGGUGGACAUGCAAAGGGAAGUCAUGUUGACAGGGAUCCAGACCCAAGGUGCCAAACACUACCUGAAGUCCUACUACACGACCGAGUUCUUUGUGGCCUACAGCUCUGACAGUACACACUGGCAAAUCUUCAAAGGAAACAGCACGAAGAGUCUGAUGCUUUUUCAUGGUAACUCGGAUGCCUCUACCAUAAAAUACAACCAGUUUGACCCCCCGAUUAUGGCUAGAUACAUUAGGAUCUCACCAACCAAGGCCUUUAAUAGACCUACCCUCCGAUUGGAGCUGCAAGGUUGUGAGGUUAAUGGGUGCUCUACACCACUUGGAAUGGAAAGUGGAAAGAUAGAAAGCAAGCAAAUCACAUCUUCUUCGUUUAAGAAAUCUUGGUGGGGCGAUUACUGGGAACCUUCCAACGCCAGACUCAAUGCCCAGGGCCGAGUGAACGCCUGGCAAGCGCAGGCCAACAACAACAAACAGUGGCUCCAGAUUGAUCUGCUCAAAGUCAAGAAGAUUACUGCGAUUGUGACCCAGGGCUCCACAUCGCUGUCCUCCGAAAUGUAUGUGGAGAGCUAUGCCAUCCACUACAGCGACCAGGGCGUGGAAUGGAAACCUUACAGGCAGAAUUUCUUCAUGGUGGACCAGAUUUUCAAAGGCAAUAGCAAUCCCAAAGGACAUGUGAAGAACUUUUUCAAUCCACCCAUCAUUUCCAGGUUUAUCCGCAUUAUUCCUAAAACAUGGAAUCAGAGUAUUGCACUUCGCCUGGAACUCUUCGGCUGUGAUUUUUACUAGCAUUUGCUACUCAAAAAGACAAGCAGUACGCUUUAAGGCCACAGACCAUAUAGAGGUGGCAACAUGUUUUAGAGCUAUUUUAAAUCUUAACCAUUUACUAACAUUUCUCUGUUUUUCUAUUGAGGAAUAAACUCUUACAAAGCAACUUACCUAAUGUAACACCUUGCUACCAAUACAUGAGAUGAUGUCUGUUCAUUUUAUGUUAAUGUAAAUACAUAACAAGUGGAAAAGAGCCAGAAAGCCUCUUUCACAAUUAAAAAUACUUAAAGUCA